AAGCUCCCAAUAAAGGGUGGUGAACGGAAAAAGGUUCAAUUAAAGAAAGUAAAAUUUGUUCACUCCGUUACGCGCUUCCGUCACGUCGUCGACCACGUGAAACAGAAGGCAUUAGGUGAAAGAAAAAGAUAUAUACAGAAAGAAAGAGAAGCAGAGUGAGAGAGUGAUAGAAAAAGCGAGAAAGAGAAAUUCAAACAAACAAAAUCAAACGCAAAUCGCGGCACUAUGGACCCACAUCCGUUGCUGCUGGCGAACGAAAAUAUUCAUGAUAGUGGCAUCAUCGAGGACGUGCACCAGGAAUCGGAAGACACCGGCAACGAGGAUUACGGCGAUGAGAGCAACCUCGAGUCGAACCUGCGUCGGCGAAAAGGGAAAAUUAUUUCCUGCGUCGAAAACGCUUCCAGAUUAAUUCGAAGACGUGUGCCUUGCGCCGGACACUUGAUGACGCCCCGACGGUUAUGGUUGAACAAAAUACCGACCCAAUGCGAUGUGGUGAUUGAGUUCCCAGAAGAAACUCCCGAUGAUGCCCUACGAUGGUUGCUGACCAGAAUCAAGGCGAACCCACCGGAAGGUUUGGGGCUUUCGGCAAUGCUACGAGCGCACGAGAGUACCAAGCGAACCGCGUUCUACAUCACAGCGCCAAUGAAUGUAUUAUUCAAAGCCGCCGAGGAUGCCCGCUUGCCCAAACGGUUACGACACGAUCUUGGCGGAGCACUGAAGGAGUUCACCAAGCGCGAAAGCCAUUGCUUCGCCCAAACCAAGGACAGCGAAGGUGCGAACAGCCUUUUCAGCUCGCAAGAACGCCAGUGGCUGGUGUUACAGGUACUUCAAGGACUGCGGGCCGGCACGGCGGAUCUGAAGGCUCUCCAAGGCCGAGCCGAGGUCGAGGAGGGACAGAGCAUAGUGGCUGCCUGGCAGGAACUGGGCCUAAUAACGCAGGUGUUCCCUCUGCACGAAACCACCGCCUUGCAGCAUCUCCAGUCAAGCUGGGUACGAAAGAUCUUCGCACCGCAACCCCUAGACGACAUAGCGACAUACUUUGGUGUGAAGGUAGCCCUGUACUUUGCGUGGCUGGGACACUACACCUGCGCCCUGUGCGUACCGGCCGUGCUCGGCACUAUCCUGUAUGCUGGGCUUUGGGGUCGAGGACAGACGGCGCAGGAUAUUGGCCACGUCAUCUUCUCACUGUUCAACGUUGCGUGGGCCUCUCUGUAUCUGGAAGCGUGGCGGCGGUACUCGGUGGAGCUGGCCUUCCGUUGGGGAACCCUCUCUACACCACCCGAACUAUUGGAACCUCCAAGGCCGCUGUAUAAGGGGCCACUGGAGGAGAGUUCCGUGACCGGUCGGCUGGAGCCGAGGGAGGCACCGGCCUGGCAAAGGCGAGCCUUCCGUUAUCUAGUUAGUUUUCCAAUUAUUGCGCUCUGCCUGGUGCUGGUGUUUGUUGUGAUGUUCCUGAUGCUGAGGCUACAGGAUUGGCUCGAUCAACACUUACCAUAUAGCAGUUCUGGCCUGUGGGAGUGCAUGUGCCUUGUGUCUCAGGAUUGGUGGGACGCCAAGCUUCCGGAGCAAGGCGUGUUCAGCUGUCUGAGCGUGAUACCGAAGGUCCUGCUAGCCGGCGCCAUUACACUAAUGGACGAAGCGUACUACAAGCUGGCCGUCUGGCUGAACGACAGAGAGAACUACCGGCUGCAGUCGAAGUACGAGAAUCAUCUCAUCGCCAAGGUGGCCCUGUUCCAGUUCGUCAACAGUUUUCUGUCACUAUUCUACAUCGCCUUCUAUCUGCGCGACCAGGACAAGCUCAAGGAGCAACUGGCCGGACUGCUAAUAUCGCGUCAAAUCAUCGGCAACCUGCGGGAGUCGGCCUGGCCGUAUCUGGUGGAGCAGUGGCGCCUGGCGAAGUUGAGCUUCCGAAUGUGGGGAGCCCUCAGUCCGACGCAGGAAAUGCCGCCGCUGAUAGGGACGACGACGACGACUGCCUCCAGCGGUGCGGUCUCCGCUUCGGCGACCGCCGGCGCGUCUGGAGGCGAUAGCAAGCCGCUGGGCGAUGGGAAGGGCGCUUCGGAGUGUGCGGCGCCCACCAGCACCCCGAAGCGAUCGAUUGGCCAGGCGGAAAUAGAAAGCUCCCUGUACAAGUACGAUGGAACCUUUUCGGACCACUUGGAAAUGUUGGUACAAAUGGGGUACGUCGUGCUCUUCUCGGCUGCCUUUCCCUUGGCCGGUCUGUGUGCCCUGGCGAACAAUCUGUUGGAGAUACGAUCCGAUGCCUUCAAGCUGGCCCACGUCCACCAGCGUCCCUUUGGUCAGCGGGUGGCAAACAUUGGCACCUGGCAGAACGCACUCGGUAUGCUCGGACUGGCGGCCGUCAUCGUCAAUUGUGCCCUGAUCGGGCUGUCCGGACAGGUGUCCCGCCUAUGGCCAGGCCUAACGUCUACGCAAACGGUGAUCCUGAUCGUGGCGCUUGAGCAUGUCAUGCUGGGCUUAAGAUCCGCCCUGACGUGGCUUCUGCCCGAGCUGCCUUCGUGGCUAGCGGCCGAGAUAGCCCGUGCGGAGCACUGCCGCCGGGAGAUGCAAUGCAAGGGCCCAUCGCCUCGACAGACACCUCCCUCGCCGCCAUCGUCGACUUCCAUCUCGCACCACGAGCAGGACUUUAACAGCAAUCAGGACAUCUUCGACAAAACCGAACAGUCGGUGGGCAGAUUUCACAUAUCUCCUAGUCACGACAACACGCAAGAUAGUGAGCUAGAACGGACUGCGCUAACCAGCGCGGCCGCCAAGCUGGACAACCUGAGCACUCAACAGCAGCAGCAACCGUCACAACAACCGCAGCCGCAACCGCAAAAGGAUACACAGCACAGCUGCGACAAUAUGGACAUCUUCGCCAUGGACACGCGGGACAUUUCGCCAGAUUCGCCGAUCUCUCAGACAAGCACAGUAUUAUUACGACCUCUCCAAGACUCUCCUCUUAGUGGUCAGUCAGCACAAACCGUUGCAUUAGACUCAACACAAACGAGCUCGGGUGCAUGUGUAAAGCAGCCAAGCAUUAAGCUCGCCGACAUUCCGCCCUUUCGAGGACAGACGAUGAAGCACAGCUGUAGUAUUUACGAUAAGCGAAGCAUCAACCUUGGUGAACCGUCGCAAGGCAUCCGCGUCGCCUCGAAACCGAUCCAGAUACCCGAGAUUCCACCGUUCCGCAAGCAGGCACACUCGACGAUGCACUCGCCCGUCGGCAGCCAGAGCCCGCAGGCCACCCAGAUGAUGACCCCGUCCGCCAACCCGUCACCGCCGCGGAUUGCCGAAAUUCCACCGUUCCGGCCCCGGCAGCGCUCCAAGGAGUGGAUGCCCAACAUUGAGGUGGGUCGCCUGAAGCACACCGAGCACCAUCUUACCAUUGGCCCCAGCGGAGGGGCCGAGUGGGCCAAACGCCUGAAGGCGGCCGAUCCUUCCAUCAUUCACAGAAGUACUGAUUGCAUUGUAGCGAAGCAACAAGAGCUGGCUACCGGCUCAGAUUCGGAGCUACUGAAACCAGCGCCAUCGUGGACGAAUGUAGCCAUCAAAGCCAAUGAGCCACAGCCUGGCACCAGCAACAGUGCGCCGUCGGUAAAAGCUCCCACCGAAGAAGAAGCGAAAGCCGCGGAGCUGGCGGCCAAGAAGUCACGGCUGAAGCAGAGCCUAGUGAAACGUGCUCGAUCGGUGGCAAUCUUUUCACUAAAGCUGAAGGAGCAACGAGCUAAGCGAGCCGAAAAAAUGGCUCUCGAAGCAUUGGAGGCCCUUCCAGCGCCGCCGCCCUGUGGAGAACUUUCGCUCAUACCCAUCGAGCAGCUGAUUCAGGUGGACGUGCUGAGCCAACGCAAUCAUGGAAGCGGUACUGGCCACAAUAACGGCCACACCUAAAGCAUCGCGCAGAAAACAAUUUACCCAAUCAGCAUUAUUUUACAAACGCAUACGUUGUUACAAACUGACUGGCAAAGGUCAGUGUGGCAUCCUUUCAUCCCUUUAAAUAGUGUUCUAUCAGGUCUAAUAAAAAUGCGCCCUUGCAGCAUCCUUUGGCACACAAAACGGGCGAAGACUAGCAGUACAAUGUUGCAAAGCAAGGCACAAGUUGCUUGGUAAACUGAACCAUUUACCACCGCCGGAUGGUUUAGUUGCAUUAAACGAACUAACAUUACAACGACAAACGAGAAACGAUAAAGAAGCAUUCUCCACAAUUGGGGACAAUUGGCCAAGAUUGUUUUGCUAAUAUAUUUUUAACACUUCACCUUCAGAUAUUGCAGCGAUGAAUACGCUACUCAUACUUUCGAAUGGCUUGUGGCCGGGAUACACAAAAUACAAGACAAUAUUUAAGCUAACGUAGAAAAUAUUUACUUUCUUUUCUAAUUUAGAUCUUUCUUUAACUUAGCGACGUAGAGGAAACGAAUGUUGGGUUACUGUAAAAGGAUAAGGCUUCGAUAAAUCAAUACAAUCGCCAAACGCCAAGAUCAAAGGCAAAAUCAGUGAGUUUAGUGUAUUUCCGCAGGAAAGCAGUAUAUUAUUUAAUUUGAAGAAGUAGCUUGAUGCUUAUAUUUUUUUACGGCCAGAAAAAAAGCUUUAAUAGUCAGAAAGUGUCCAGCCAUUUGAGUGCAAAAGUAACUUCAAUCGUUAGUGUACAAUUGUUAAAAGUAGGAUGGCUUAGGUUUAACGCGCUGAAUUACCUGAAUUGCUUUGCUGCAAGAGUUUAAUAUAUUUUCAACCCAAAUAAUUACAAUUAAAACCAGACACACACAAACACCCAGAAUUCCGUCGCGUCAAUUAGGAACAUGGAUCCCGUCCGAAUUGUCAUGGUCGGGUUAGACAGUAAGCAGACGAAGUUUUAGCCGCCUAUUCUUAAGCUUUAAGCGCAAUAGAAAAGCAACGAGCAAAAGCAAAAGUGUAUGUAGUUUUCGCUCCGGAGAAGUAACCCAUAAACACCGCUUCACUACUUCCGGUUCCGGGCCGGUCAACAAAGCAAUGCACUUUAAUCAGCACACAACGGACAAAACCAAGUCGGGCAACUUGGGCAGUUGAACCUCUUUCACACUGUCUCUUCACUGUAUUAGGUCCAUCACAAAAAUCCAGCUGCAGUGCAGGCGGGACGAUCACCGUAACCCGGAGAAACCCAAAACCGAAACACUUAGUGAAGAAUUUUACCAAUUCUAAAUUACCAGUUAGCUGUAAAAUAUUAAAAGCAAACGCCGUUUGUACAGUUGAAACUUGCUAUAUUGUUGUGCCACCCGCAAACGCAUUAGGAAUGCCUGUUGUACCGCCGUUGUGUUUUAAUAGCAUUAAGAUCCAGUUCGAUUAGGCAGAGGAUAGGAGGAUUCUUUUCCCAUGAUGAAAGCAAUUUUAAACAAGAAAAACAAAUCAGCCAAAUACUGGCAGGCCUGGGAGAGAUAUUCUUACCCAGCCUGGGUUGGUCAAAACGUUGGGAAGUCUAGAAAUUGCUCGGCUUUGGUUGGCUCAUUUUCAACUGGUUCGCUAUUGAAAAGUGUUAAUGCACAUAAAACACAAACAACGGAAACAAAUAAUGCAACGAAAUAGGAAUGGUUCGAGUUCAGGGUAGAAAAAUGGUCAAACAGAGAA